CUUCCGCUUUCCUCUCGCCACAACGCUACUAGCCACACUCUCUCUUUUCGGUGAGGAGGCCACCGGACAUGUAUGACCCUGGCGGCAGCUCGUCGUCCCGGCCACAUGGCAAGGAGGAGCUGCAACCGGAGGUGGUUCUCUACACGGCGUCAGCUUCAGCGUCGCGCCGCAGAGCGCGCACAUCUGCCGAAAGCUACGCCUUGCGCGCCCUGCUGCGCGGCUACGGCCUGGCCGUGGACGUGCGCGACGUGUCCAGGAGCAAAGCGCACCGCUGCGAGCUCAAGUCGUUGCUCGCGGCUCGGGGCUGUGCCUUCUCCCUCCCGCAGCUCCUCGUGGGCGGCCGGCUCGUCGGCGGCCCUGACCAGGUCAGGCAGCUGCACCAGGCCGGCGGGCUGUGGCCUCUCCUCGACGACGCCCCAAGGCCGUACCGUGCGUACCUGUGCGAAGCCCACAGGAGGGUCGGCUCCGCGGCCUGCCCAAAGUGCAGCAACAAGAUGGUGGAUCAUGGCAUUAUUGAGGAGGAGGAGGAGAAGGAGAAGGAUAGGGUUGUCCUUUUUUAUCCAACCCAAGUUGUUUCAAUGGGAGGUAGAGGCAGAGAGAUGGAUGCCGGUAUAAGUGUUUCUCUGGGUGCCAUGCGACUCCUUCUUAAGAAGCUUGACAUGAUGUUAGGUCCUCAUGGAUGCAAGCUGACCAAGGGGGUCAAUGCUAGGUCACAGCUCUUAAAAGAUGAUCUUGAAGAAAUAGGCACAUACCUUGAAGAUCUGUUAGAGGUGGAGGACCCUCCCCUGGCGGCCAAGUGCUGGAUGAAAGAGGCACGGGAGUUAUCUUAUGACAUCCUAGAUUGUAUUGACAACUUUGUGCCCACUGAGUCUCUUGGCUACAAAUCUGACCGCAAGAUGAGUCAUGUUAAGAUUCCCAAGAGGCUCAAGUGGCAGAAACAGAUUGAGUACACAGCUCCUGAUGUGUCAAGACGUGUUAUCUCUAAAAUCAUCUAUAUUGAUGUCAUUCGUGCUCCCAGGAGGCUCAAGUGGUACCAGCAGAUGGUUGAAAAGGUAUCAGAAUUCAGGAUCUAUGCCCAGGAGGUGGUAGGACGGUAUGAGAGGUACCAACUCCACCAUUGUAGCACCUCGAUGGCGCGUAGAUUUUCGUCUGUUGGGCCUAUGAUGCCACUGCCGCCACCCCCUUGUGAGAAAACUUUGUCCGGCCUAGUAAUUGAUGGUUGGAUGAGCAUGUUUAUCAACUCCCAGCUGGCUAAUGAUGGGAAUCAGCAGCUCAAGGUGGUGUCUAUUCACGGGUCUGGAUGUCUUGGUAAAACAAUGCUUGCCAAAGUGUUGUACAAUAAAAUUGGGAGGCAAUUCCAAUGUCGGGCUUUCAUCCGGGUGUCCAAAAAGCCCGAUAUGAAGAGGCUUUUCCGUGACAUGCUAUCACAAAUCCAGCAGAAGCAGCCCCAAGCAAGCCAAGACGCUUCUGAUGAACUUCGCGUUACUGCUGAUAAUAUCAGGAACUAUCUACAUGACAAGAGGUAUCUAGUUGUUGUUGAUGAUUUGUGGGAUACAUCAGCAUGGGAUGUUAUUAAUCAGCUUUUUCCCAAGGGUAGUCAAGGCAGCAGAAUAAUAACAACUACACAGAUUGAAUAUGUUGCAUUAGCAUGUGGCUGUGAUCACCCAGAACAAGUAUUUGAGAUGAAACCAUUGGAUGAUGAUCACUCAAGGAAGCUAUUCUUUGGCAGGAUUUUUGGCUCUGAAAGUGACUGUCCUGAAGAAUUCAAACAAGUUUCAAGCCAAAUUGUAGAAAUAUGUGGUGGUUUGCCACUAGCCACCAUCAGCAUAGCAAGUCUGCUAGCAAACCAGCCUUCUGUAUCAGUGGAUUUAUUGACGCACAUACAAGAUUCGUUAGUCUCUUGUUUGUCAUCAAAUUCAACUUCAGAAAGAACGAGACAAGUACUGAACCUCAGCUACAACAGCCUUCCUCAUUACCUCAAGACUUGCCUGCUCCAUCUUGGUAUGUAUCCAGAGGGCUCCACAAUCUUCAAACAUGACCUGGUCAGGCAAUGGGUGGCUGAAGGGUUUCUUGCUGCAAGUGAAGGGCAGAAUAUGGAAGAAGUUGCAGGGAUGUAUUUUGAUGAACUUGUUGAUAGAAGAUUCAUCCAACCUGUGUCUAUCAACUUCAACAAUGAGGUGGCAUCCUGCACAGUUCAUGCCGUGGUGCAUGAUCUUAUUGUGCACAAGUUUGCAGAAGAGAAUUUCAUUGUGGUAGUAGAUCACAAUCGGAAGAUUUUGGCACUUUCUCAUAAGGUCCGUCGACUGUCUCUCCAACUUGGUGAUGCAAAUUAUGCCAAGAUACCAACAAACAUCAAAAAAUCACAAGUACGUUCACUUGGAGUUUUUGGAUUACCAGAGUGCAUGCCUUGCAUUGGAGAGUUCGAGCUUGUUCGUGUUCUGAACCUUCAGCUAUCUGGCCAUCAUAAUGGCGACCAAGACCUGGCUAUAGACCUCACUGGGAUAUCCGAACUGUUCCAUCUUGUAUAUCUGAAGAUUGUUUGUGAUGUCAGCAUAAAACUUCCGAACCGUAUGAGAGGGCUGCAGUGUUUGGAAACACUGGAUGUUAUGGAUACACCAAGAGGAACUUAUGUUCCAUGGGACAUUAUAUAUCUCACACGCUUGUUGCACCUCAGUCUUCCUCCUCACACAAAUCUGCUGGAUUGGUCUGUCGGUGACGAUCUAAGCCUUUGCAAGCCAAACCACCUGCAGGAAGUUUGCAUUUCUACACCGCCUUCUUCUGAUUCCGGCAAUCUGAUGAGAAACAUGGAUGCUCUGGAUUAUUUAAUGUAUGAGCAUGGCAGCCUGAAAACUGUAAAACUGGUGGCUCACGGAUCCUCUGUUAGCUAUGGUGACACUUCAAAGGCAAAAGUUUGGUGGUGGUUAGAUAAACCUAACCACCAUAUCAAGAGAUUUGAGGUCUCACCACAUAGCCCCGUCGUAUUUUGCAAAAUGCAUUUGUGGAGGAUCCAACUUAGCAACCUAUGCAUUCUGAAGAUUGCAGUGGAUGUAUUGUCCGUAGAAGAAGUUGAUAUUCUUAGAGGGUUGCCUGCCCUCACUGCUCUGUCGAUGUAUGUGAAGACAUCACCUAAUAUGAAGAUAAUCUUUGGCACAGCUGCUGGAUUCACAGCUCUCAAGUACUUCAAGCUGAGGUUCAUGAGUGGAAUAGCUUGGCUAAAAUUUGAGGCGGACGCAAUGCCUAAUCUCUGGAGGCUCAGGCUCCUUUUCAAUGCCAUCCCCCAAAUGGACCAACGACUUGAUCUUUUUUCAAAGUCUGAGCAGUGGAAACAAUAUCGACACGGUGAUGCAUUAAUCAGCAUCGAGCAUAUGGCAGGCCUUAGAGAGGUCUCCAUAAAAUUUGGGGGCGCAGAUGCUGAUCUGAAGUAUGUGUCAAGGAUCGGGAUAGUUAACAAUCAUCCGAGCAAUCCUAUAAUUGACGUGCAACUGGUGGAUUCUGGUUCCCAUGAUGAUAAAAGGAUAUCAUCGGAGUCUUCCUCUUUGCUCCUGCAUCCUCCAGGUGCACAUGGUGGAGAUCAGCAGGAUGUGGUCUCGUGGAGCAAUACCAUUGGUGUGAUAGGUCGUGACCUCUUCAUCUAUUGCCUCCACCGCCUCUCCAGGUGGGAAUAUGGCGCCAUCGCCUCCCUCAACCGUGAUUUCAAUUCCGUGGUUCACAACGGGGACAUCUACCGCCUGCGUCGCAAGAAUGGGGUCGCAGAGCACUGGCUCUACCUCUCUUGCGGUAAUAAUCCUCCGGAGUGGGAGGCUUAUGACCCGUCCACUGGGCGCUGGAUCCAAGUGCCCAACAUGCCACCGGCUGAAUGCAAAUUCAUCUGGGAGUCGCUCGCUGUAGGAACCGAGCUGCUUGUGUUUGUGGACGGAAGGGAUGCCUUGAGAUAUAGCAUCCUUACCAAUUCAUGGACAUGGCUGCCUGAUGCGAUGAACACCCCGCGCGACUUGUUUGGGUCAGCGACUGUCGGUGAAAAGGCGUAUGUCGCGGGAGGCGUUGAUUCUUCUCUUACUAAUGUAUUGAGCUCCGCAGAGAUGUAUGACUCCGAGACACAUACUUGGACACCCCUUCCCAGCAUGAAUAGGGCUAGGUGGAAAUGCUCUGGUGCGUUCAUGGAUGGCAAGUUCUAUGUGAUCGGUGGUCGUACCAGUAGCGACGAGGUAUUGACAUGCGGUGAGGAGUAUGACUUGAACCGGCGGUCAUGGAGGCUCAUCGACAACAUGUCUCAGGGACUCAAACAGACAAACCCAGGAGCUCCUCUGCUCCUUGCAGUUGUGAAGAAUGAGCUUUAUGGCGCUGAUUACAGCGAGAAUAAUUAUUUGAAGCAGUAUGAUAAGGUGGACAAUAAGUGGAUCACUCUUGGAAAAUUGCCUGUACGGUCGAAGGACAAUGGCUGGCACAUGGGUUUCCGAGCGUGUGGUGACCGCCUGAUUGUUAUUGGGCGUCCAAACAAUUCUACUGAUGAAAAGGUGGUUGAGCUUCAUUCAUGGACCCCAGAUGGGCAACCGCCUGUGUGGAAUUUGUUUGCCACACGGCCAUAUGGGGGGUACCGGAUUAUGUGCCCCGUGAUGGGUUGCUGAGUCGGUCAACUGAACAAUGGUUGGAUGCAUGCAAGAUAUGAUCCUGACUGUGCCUCAUUCUCAGUCUGAAUUUCCUGGGAGCACUCCGCUGAUGAUACAAAAAGAGAAGACAUGAACCAGUUCCAGAGAAAGUGCCUGCAGAAACAUCCGAGUUUUUAGUCACUAGAUGUUAUUUCCAGUUGUAAUUUGUGUUCCAAUAAUGUUUUGAUGCUUUCUACGGUCUUCAUCUCCAUCACCCAGCUUUAUUUGUUCAGUAAAACAGAGCUCUCAGUUACUUUUCGAACAUCGAAUUCAGUCUCUAGCUUGCCCUAUUUUUUUGUUCAAGAUUUUUCAAACUCUGAAUAAAAAGCAAUUUGGACCCGAUGA